GAGAUGCAAGAGCAUAGCAUUAGAAAAGCUUUUAAAGAAACAAUGUCCAGCAACGUCGUUAGUGGGGUCGAAAUGGAUGGUUCGAAUGAAAGAAAAGUUUUCGACGAUAAGAAAAUGGGCGUAAAAGCCCUGGCGGAUGCAGGAAUCAAAGAGCUCCCAGCCAUGUUCCGUGCACCUCCGAGUAUUUUAGAAAGCCUGAAAGCAGCACGAGCUUCUCAGGAUGCGAACCUCUUCCCGACCAUUGAUCUGAAAGGAGUGAGCCUGCACUACAAGGAUCAAGAUUUGAUGACGCGGCGGAAUGUGGUGGAGCAGAUCAGAGAUGCGUCUGCGAAAUGGGGUUUCUUCCGAGUGACCAAUCACGGGUUCUCGAAGGAUUUGCAGGAGAGGAUGCUUGAAGGGCUUCGUCGGUUUCACGCGCAAGAUCCAUCAGUUAAGAGACAGUACUACACACGUGAUCACACUCGGAACUUUCUUUACUACACCAACGUCGAUCUCUUCACCUCUGAUUCCGCCAGUUGGAGAGACACAACUAUUUGUUACACAGCCCCGGAUCGUCCCCGACCUGAGGAUCUGCCCGCCGUUUUGGGGGAGGUUAUAUUGGAGUACUCAAAGGAAAUGACGAGUUUAGGUGAAUUGAUCUUUGAGCUUCUAUCAGAGGCUUUGGGAUUAGACACUAAUUAUUUCAAGGAUUUGGAUUGCGUCAAGUCUCAGAUGAUGUUGGGCCAAUAUUAUCCACCUUGCCCUCAGCCUGACCUUACUUUAGGCUUAAGCAAGCACAGUGAUUUUUCUUUUCUCACUGUUCUUCUUCAAGACAAUAUAGGAGGGCUUCAAGUUCUCCAUGACGAUGCCUGGUUUGAUGUUCCUCCUGUCCCUGGAUGUUUUGUCGUUAACAUUGGAGAUCUUCUACAGUUCAUAACCAAUGACAUGUUCAUAAGCGCGGAGCAUAGGGUGCUAGCGCAUACUGCUUCUGUACCGAGGGUUUCAGUGCCAUAUUUCUUCACCACGUUCAAGAAGGUGAAUCCUCGUGUAUAUGGACCCAUCAAAGAGCUCCUCUCAGAAGAUAACCCUCGCAAGUAUAGAGACUGUUCCAUGACCGAGAUCUCAGAGAUCUUCAGUUCAAAUGAGAUCACCAUUCCUAGGUUACACCAGCUCAGGAUCUGAAACAUCAAUCAUUGCUAUAAUCUCUCCAACUCUAUGUUAUGUUUGGUCUUCUUAGUUCCUCUUAAAAUAUCUGCCGCAAUAACUACUUCCUCUUCUUCUCUCGAACUGUGUUUGAAAGAUAUCUGAAAAUCUUCGAAUAAGGUGUUAUUUUGUAAUUGAGUUCUUUAGUUAUUAAGUAAGUUAUCAUGUUGUAUCAAAAGUUGUGUGUAAGAGUCGUGACUUUAGAUUGGAGAAUUGUGUCUCUUAUUCCAAAAGUCACACUGUUUAGCCAAGUAUUGUCAAACCUAAAUAAGUUUAUGUAUGUUGCUUUAAUAAUAAUAUAAUAAGUUUCAGUAA